AUGCAAUGUACCGAUCGAGGGGAUGCCACGAGUCAACGAUCGGUCGCCUCACAAAUUGGCAGAGCAGGUGCACUCACCCGAGAAGCACUUCCUUAAGAUACAAUCUUCUUAAGUCGCAAGUCUUUGGUGCAUAGACGAACACUGUACUUUGGCUAAUACCACGUAACUAUAGUAAUUCACAAGUAUGGUUCCAUUUAUCGAUAAUCGUCGGAAGUACAUGCCACUCGUAGGAGUACAAGAUGUUGAAGGAGCGCAAGGUAUUGUUAAAGAGUCUCGCGCCGCCUCGGAUGCAGGCUCCAGCGGUUCACUACUUGCACGGAACACUUCGUUCGAUAGCACAUCAGAACUGGAAAAGGCACCACAAGAAUCGUUAACGGCAACAAAGAAGACACGACUUCUAAUAUUCUCUCUGGCCAUAUUUUUCCUCUCGUUGUUUGCUGUUUACAUUCUGCGUGGAAGACUUGAAUCCUCUUGUCUCGAACUGAUGGAGCCUUGGAGCCCUCUUGCUCCAUUUGUGAGCUACGAGUCAAAGCAAUUCGAAUGGGGUUCCUGCCCAGAAGACUACUGCGGAGCCAUCCAGGACCAAAGAGAAACGUUUUGGAAGGAACUAUGGGAUUAUGGCUGGAUCGGAUUUCCAAGAGAAAGGAUCACACAGCUUGGCAAGUCUCCCGAUGUAAAUUGGUUACAUUUAUUACAAUCCGAGAUGAAUGAUACGUUGAUAUCAUUACCAGAAUCUAACGAAGUCUCCGAAGUUUCCCACCAGAUCCAUUGCAUUGGUAUGCUUAGAAAAGCCAUACAUGGAGAGAAAGAACAUCACGCAGGUCUGAGCGAUCAGCUCGAAAGAGGAAGGUAUUGGUUGCACACUAACCAUUGCCUUUUGUCGCUCAAGAUUAUGAUCGAAUGUAAGGCCGAUGCUACGCCUGUGAUAUUUGAGGAAGCGGACGACGGUCGCUCUCGAAUUGGAGCGUGGACGAUGAGAGAUGCACCAAGGAGAUGUAAAAACUACGACGCCUUGCGAAACGGCCUGAAACAGAAACCAUUAUGUUCAUCAGGUUGUAAUUCUGACGAGAUUUAUGGAAAUGUCAUAAUGGAGUCGUCAAAUUAG